CUCCUCCGCCAAAGCUUAAGCCCUAAAACAUCCCGCCGUACUAUCAUCACUCCAUCUUCCGCGCGAAGAAGAUGACGAAGGUCUAUGGAACAGGCACCUACGACUUCAAGCGCCACAGAGUCGCCGAGUAUCCACUCGAGCCACCUACCAAUCCACUCGAGUCGAAGCCUGGAUCCAAUCUACCGAGCUCCAUCACUCUUUCGGAGAUUCAGCAGGACAGGUUAACGAAGAUCGCCGAGGAGAGCUGGAUCAAAACCGGAGGGAAGUUGCCUGAGAAACCGUUCGAUCCGGAAGUGGUUAAGGAGAUUUACGCGGCGGAGCUGAAGGUGGUUAGUGGGAGGAAACCGGUUCCGUUGCAGAGAGUGAUGGUUCUGGAAGUGAGUCAGUACUUGGAGAAUUAUCUGUGGCCUAAUUUUGACCCUGAGACGGCGACGUUUGAGCAUGUUAUGUCUAUGAUUCUUAUGAUUAAUGAGAAGUUUAGGGAGAAUGUGGCGGCUUGGAUUUGCUUUCAUGAUAGAGAAGAUCUGUUCAAGAAGUUUCUUCAGAAGGUUCUUCGACUAAAAGAGGGAAGAGACUUGACUAUUGCUGAGAAGACUAAUUAUCUGGUCUUCAUGAUCAAUGCUUUCCAGAGUUUGGAAGACGCGGUGGUUAAUGAGACUGUUCUAAGUCUAGCAGGAUUACAAUCUUGGCAUAGUUUGUCUUAUGGACGUUUCCAGAUGGAGCUCUGCCUUCAACCUGAUUUAAUAAAAAAGUGGAAGAGGUUAUCAAAGAAGUGGGCAGCUGAGGCAACGUCAAAGGGAGAGCAGUUUGAUCCAUCCUCAUCACCUGAAGCAAAUUUUGUUCGAAGCCUAAUUGAAGAAUUUGUCGAGGUUCUUGAUCACGGAGUUUUUGCGGAUGAGGGUGAUGAGAAUGCUGGAUUUCAAUUGGUCGAUGAUUCUUCUGUCUUAUAUUGCGAGAGAUUCAUGGAAUUUCUCAUUGAUAUGCUGAACCAACUUCCAACAAGAAGAUACUUAAGACCUCUUGUGGCGGAUAUAGCAGUUGUUGCCAAAUGUCGACUUAGUGUCCUAUACAAACAUGAAAAGGGGAAGCUUUUCGCACAAUUGGUUGACUUGUUACAGUUCUACGAAAAGUUUGAGAUUAAGGAUCAUGAUGGAACACAAUUAACUGAUGAUGAAGCACUUCAGUUUCAUUACGAUCGUUUUAUGGCGUUUCAGCUUCUUGCCUUUAAGAAAAUACCCAAGUUGCGAGAUGUGGCUUUGGCUAAUAUUGGUUCGGUUCACAAGAGUUCUGAUCUUCGGAGGAGACUGUCUGCGCUUUCUCUUGAAGAUUUAAGGGAUGUUGUCUGCUCAAAGCUUAAACUGGUUUCGAAACAUGAUCCUUGGGCAGAUAGUAAGGAUUUUCUGACUGAGGUGGUCGUCUCCUCCUUUGAGAAGCAACAGUCUCAGAAAGAAGCCAUAAACGCUCUGCCUUUGUACCCAAAUGAGCAAAUCAUGUGGGACGAAAGUGUUAUUCCAAGCAUUAACUAUUCUGGGGAAGGUUGCCUUGCUCUCCCAAAGCUUAAUCUUCAGUUUCUAACACUACACGAUUACCUCCUUAGAAACUUCAAUCUCUUCCGUCUAGAAUCUACCUAUGAGAUUCGUGAAGAUAUACAGGAAGCUGUACCACAUCUUCUUGCACACAUUGAUAACGAGGGAGAAACUGCUUUUCGUGGUUGGUCACGAAUGGCUGUUCCAAUUAAUGGAUUCAAAAUCGCUCAGGUGAAGCAGCCUAAUAUUGGAGAAGAGAAGCCAUCAUCUGUGACUGCAGAAGUUACCUUCAGUAUUAAGAGUUACAGAACACAGAUAAGAUCUGAAUGGAAUUCCCUUAAAGAGCAUGAUGUGCUGUUUUUGCUUUGUGUACGCCCUUCAUUUGAGCCAUUAGGUGCGGAGGAAGCUGCUAAAGCUACAGUGCCACAGAGGCUUGGGCUUCAGUAUGUUCGUGGUUGUGAAGUCAUUGAUAUCCGUGACGAGGAAGGAAAUUUGAUGAAUGAUUUUACUGGAAAAGUUAAACGGGAUGAAUGGAAGCCCCCAAAAGGUGAAUUGAGGACUGUGACUGUCGCUUUAGAUGCUGCGCAGUAUCACAUAGAUGUUACAGACAUUGCUGAAAAAGGUGCCGAGGAUGUGUAUGGCACAUUUAAUGUGCUAAUGAGGAGAAAGCCAAAAGAGAACAACUUCAAGGCUAUUCUGGAAUCUAUCAGAGACCUCAUGAAUGAAUAUUGUAUUGUUCCGGAUUGGUUGCAUAACGUAUUUCUUGGGUAUGGAAACCCUUCUGCUGCACAGUGGCCUAAUAUGCCAAACCUAUUGAAAACCGUGGACUUCAAAGAUACUUUCCUUGAUGCAAAUCAUCUCAGUGAAAGUUUUCCAGAUUAUGAGGUAUCUUUCGUCAGUUCUGAUGGUGAUCAAGUUCUGGAUCCAAGGCCUCCCUUUAAAAUCACUCUUCCAAAGACACUAAAAGGGAAUGCUAAUGCUCUUUCUGGAAAUAAGAUAUCUGAAAUAAAUCCAGCAGACAAUGCUGAUAUGGUGGAUGUAUCCCCAAAGGAGAAACUUAUUGUUGAAGCAUAUACCCCACCUGACCCAGGGCCUUAUCCCCAAGACCAGCCGAAGCAGAACUCAGUUAAAUUUACACCUACGCAGGUGGGAGCAAUUAUCUCUGGUAUUCAGCCUGGGCUAACUAUGGUGGUUGGUCCACCCGGUACCGGAAAGACUGAUACAGCAGUGCAAAUCUUAAAUGUGCUAUAUCACAACUGUCCUUCGCAAAGGACCUUAAUUAUCACUCAUUCAAAUCAGGCUUUGAAUGAUCUCUUUGAGAAGAUAAUGGAGAGGGAUGUGCCAGCGCGGUAUCUACUUCGUUUGGGUCAAGGUGAACAAGAGCUUGCCACUGAUCUUGACUUUAGCAGACAAGGACGUGUCAAUGCCAUGCUUGUUCGACGUUUAGAACUGCUCAGCGAGGUUGAGAGACUAGCAAGAUCUCUUCAAAUUCCAGAGGAUGUAGGUUAUACUUGCGAAACAGCUGGGUAUUUCUGGUUGCUUCAUGUAUACUCGCGUUGGGAGCUAUUUCUUGCUGCUUGUGCUGGAAAUGAAAACAAUCCAUCUUUUGUUCAAGAUCGCUUCCCGUUCAAAGAAUUCUUCUCAGACACGCCUAAGCCUGUUUUUAGUGGGGAGUCAUUUGAGAAAGACAUGAGAGCAGCUCAAGGUUGUUUCUCUCAUCUCAAAACUGUGUUCCAAGAGCUAGAAGAGUGUAGGGCCUUUGAACUGCUCAAAUCAACUGCUGAUAGAGCAAACUACCUGAUGACCAAACAAGCAAAGAUUGUAGCAAUGACGUGUACUCAUGCAGCAUUGAAGAGGAGAGAUUUUCUUAAGUUGGGGUUCAAGUAUGAUAACUUACUGAUGGAAGAAAGUGCUCAGAUUUUGGAAAUUGAGACUUUCAUACCAAUGUUGCUUCAGAAGCAAGAAGAUGGUCACGCACGACUCAAGCGCUGUAUAUUGAUUGGUGAUCACCACCAGCUGCCUCCAGUGGUGAAGAAUAUGGCUUUCCAGAAAUACAGUCACAUGGAUCAGAGUCUGUUUACCAGGUUUGUGCGUCUUGGUAUUCCUUAUAUUGAGCUUAACGCUCAAGGAAGAGCCAGGCCAAGCUUAGCCAAACUUUACAACUGGAGAUACAGAGACUUGGGAGACCUUUCCAUUGUUAAGGAAGCACCCAUAUUUCAUAGAGCAAAUGCUGGAUUCUCUUAUGACUAUCAGUUGAUUAAUGUGCCUGAUUACGAAGGGAGAGGAGAGUCAACACCAUCUCCAUGGUUUUAUCAAAAUCAGGGAGAAGCUGAAUAUAUCGUCAGUGUCUAUAUAUACAUGAGAUUGCUAGGAUAUCCUGCUAACAAGAUAUCGAUAUUGACGACAUAUAAUGGUCAGAAGCUCUUAAUCCGUGAUGUUAUCAACCGUCGAUGUGUUCCCUAUUCUUUCAUCGGGCCGCCUAGCAAGGUGACUACAGUGGACAAGUUCCAAGGACAACAGAAUGAUUUUAUCUUGCUGUCUCUUGUCCGAACACGCUUUGUUGGACAUUUACGUGAUGUGAGAAGGUUGGUAGUUGCAAUGUCACGUGCUAGGCUCGGUCUGUAUGUGUUCUGCCGCCGCGCCCUCUUUGAACAAUGCUAUGAACUGCAACCAACGUUUCAACUUCUUCUGAAAAGACCUGAUCGGCUCGGCCUCAACCUGAGUGAGAACACAGCUUAUACAGAUCGUGCAGUCGAGGAUGUUGGAAAUCCUUAUCUUGUUCAUGAUGUUGAAGAGAUGGCACACAUAGUUCACGACAGGAUGAACGAGUUCUACAAGGCACAAGGCGUGUAUGAGCAAUACCAGAACAACAUGCCACAAAUCGAAGACGGUAAUCAGGACAUGGAGACUGAUUCAGCUGUAGGUGAAGAUGGUGAAUCUGAGAAGAAGAUGCAGCCAGAGUUGGAUGGCGAAGUUGAUGAAUCGUCGAAGGAGAUGGAGGUGGACAAUGGAGUAAGCAGUGAGAAUGGAAAGGCUGAUGAGAAUUAGAAGAGAUGAAACUAUCCACGCAGAGGGUAAUAGAAGAAAAAUAAGGUGAGGUUCGAAUGGAUAGAGAGGGAUGAGAUCGUUUGUUUGCUAAUGUAAGAUAUCUUCUUAAGCUGUACUGAGUAAAUUCUGGUUUAGUGGUAAUCAAUCAGGCACAUGAGGAUUUAAUCAGAAACUUUGUCUGACAAUGAAUGGUUUACCCGCCGACUUUUUGUUUGUUACACUUGUAUCUGAGUUUUUAUUUCGUUGGUUUUCUAAAUCAAAAUACUCAAUUUCUGAGAUAAGAGAUGUUAUUCGUCUGAUGCAAACAAGUAUGGUGUCCA